AUGGCUUCUAAACGCCUACCUCUAACGCCUACCCUAGACCAGAAACACAACGGUGUGCCAGCACGGCUCUUGGGAAAAGCACAGCGUGCAAAGAGCCUGAUUCAGACAGUCGCCACGAAAGUUCCAAGAGCCAGACAGCGCCUGCCAGUGAUCCCUCAGGGUGUUGAGCGUGCCCAAUUCUUUCGCGCGAUCGAUGAGCUUUCAACCGAACUAGGUAGCGCACAUGUCGAGAUCAACGACAAACCCCUCAAUGAUGGCUGGUAUAUGGAGCCUCCAAAUACGCACGAUGGAAUGGCCAUAACAGACGACGAAGACCUGGUCGCCUCUGCAGUGGUUUAUCCAGGUAACACUGAGGAUGUGCAGAAAAUCGUCAUCUGGGCCAAUAAGCAUCUCAUUCCUCUUCAUCCCAUCUCAAUGGGCCGAAACUUUGGUUAUGGGGGAGCCGCCCCACGCGUCCGUGGCGCUGUCGUAAUCGACCUUGGAAAACGGAUGAACAAGAUUAUGAACAUCGACCCAGAUGAUUUGACUUGCUUGGUAGAGCCCGGAGUAUCGUACUACGCGCUCUACGAGGAAGUCCAGAGACUGGGAUACAGUCACCUCUGGAUAGAUGUCCCUGAUCUAGGUGGAGGUUCCGUGGUUGGGAAUGCACUUGAUCAUGGUGUCGGAUACACCCCAUACGGAGACCACUGGUCUAUGCAUUCAGGAAUGGAAGUCGUGCUCCCAACAGGAGAGGUCGUCCGAACAGGAAUGGGCGCCCUGCCUGGCAACAACACAUGGCAGGUGUUUCCAUACGGUUAUGGGCCAUUUGUGGAUGGAAUUUUCUCGCAAUCUAACUUUGGCAUUGUAACCAAAAUGGGCUUUGGUUUGAUGCCAAACCCCGGUGGCCACGAGAGCUUCCUUUACACAUUCCAGAAAGAGGAGGAUUUGGACCAACUGGUGGAGAUCGUGCGCCCACUACGGAUUGCGAUGAUCCUAGACAAUGCAGCCAAUAUCCGCCACGCGCUGCAGGUUUUGGCAUUGUCAGGAAAACCACGCACUGCCUUUUAUGAAGGUGAGGGGAUGUUUCCUACGGACAAAAUGAAAAGUUACCUCAAGGAACAUCCAUACGGGGAGUGCACAUGGCUUUACUUCGGGACAUGCUAUGGACCCAAGGAGGUUCGACAGUUGAAGCUCGACACUAUCCACCGCGAGUUCAUGAAGGUUCCGGGUGCCAGACGUAUUGACCCAGCCACAUUACCACCCAACGACUAUUUCUGGUCCCGUGACAAGAUUUCCGCUGGAGAGCCUGACCUAGAAGAGCUAGCUUGGGUGAACUGGCAGCCAAAUGGUGCGCACGUUGCCUUCAGUCCCGUAGCGCCUACUCGCGGUGUUGAUGCAAUGCGGCUGUGGGAAAUGGCAAAAGUCCAAUGGGAUGCAUCGGGACUUGACUUCUUCUUUGACUUUAUCGUCGGCCUUCGCGAGCUACAUCUCGUCGUUGAAGCAGUUUAUGAUCGUGACGAUCCUAAACAGCGGGACGCAGCGUUGACGGCAAUGAGAUGGCUCAUUUCCGAGGCGGCUAAACAUGGAUAUGGCGAGUACCGUACGCACUUGCUGCUAAGUGACCAGGUGGCCAGUACCUACAGCUGGAAUGACAAUGCGCUCAUGCACCUUAACGAGAGGAUCAAGGACUGCCUGGACCCAAACGGUAUCCUUGCACCGGGGCGCAACGGCAUCUGGCCAGCGAGAUACAGAGGAAGAGGCUGGGAGCUAUACACCAACAGGGAAUCCUCCGAAGGGAACGGAGUAGCACCAGCGGCAGCAUCUACAAAAUUGUAA